AUGAUAACCAAUAACAAUAGUAAUAAUAACAAUAAUAAUAAUAAUAAUAGUAGUAAUAAUAACAAUAGUAAUAAUAGCAAUAGUGAUAAUAACAACAAAGACGAUAAAGAUGAAAAAAUAAUUCACUCAGGGUAUUUAACCAAACAAGGGGGAAAUAUUCAAAAUUGGAAAAUCAGAUGGUUUGUUUUAAAGAAAGGUACAUUAUCAUAUUAUAUUUCACCGAUCAAUUGGGAAAGUUCAAAACCUAGGGGUGUAAUAUAUUUAACUAAAAGAACAGAGGUAAAAGAAACACUUCAUAGAAAUAGACGGUAUUGUUUUACAGUUAAUCCAAAUUAUAUGUUAGAAAACCAAUCAAUACAACAAUCACCAGCAUUAAGAUCUUCGGCGGAUAGUAUUAGAAAAUAUCCAAAUACAACCAGGGUUUAUUUAAUUUCAGCACAAACAGUAUUCGAUCAAAAAAAAUGGAUAGAAAUGAUAAAGUUGGCGAUAAAUAAUGAUGAAUUAAAAUCAAGUUUAAAAAAAGCAAAUCAAUUAGAAAAAGUUAAAGAUUUAGUUAGAAGAAAAGAAUCAUUACCAAUGCAUCCAUCAUUAUUAAAUAGAACUAUUCAAACAGAAUCUAUUAAUGAUAAUAUUAGAGUACAGCUAUCGAAAAAGAAAUUUUAUUUUUAUCAUGAUAAUUUGACAUUACCAUCAUUGUCAUAUAUUGAAACAGAUAUUCCGUUGGAUUUGCAAGAGAUUCAUCAUCAGCAUUUGGUUAUCUUGCAACAGCAGAAAGAAGAAAUUAAAAUGAAGUUACAAUCUUUAGAACAAAAGCAAUCAUCAUCCAAUAACAACUCACAAUCAUCAUCAAAUACAACCUCAGCUGCCAAUAGUAAUAAAGUAUCUCCAACCACCUCACCAUAUUCAGGCUCACCUUUAUCUAGUUCACCAUUAUCCACUUCACCAACAAAAAAGUUUACAAACAUGCUUUCUACAUCCCCACCUAAAUCACCAAAUAGACCUGCAUCACCCACACUUGGCAAUAAUGAAUCUCCAUUUUAUGGUGCACCAAUCACUAGAUUACCGUUACUCUCUAGUUCAGUCGUAUCAGGAAAUAGUAUUGGUAUGGUCUCAAAUGGUACCCCAGUAAUUUCAUCAAUGAAUGCCUCGAUUGCCUCAUCUGCAAACGCUUUAAACUAUAAAAAUAACAAUACUGGCGACUAUUCAUCAUCGCCUUCAAUAGCAUACAACCAACUAAUCUCUGUAUCGAAUCAAGUUAGUCAUCGUCAUCAACCAAAAAUUGUGGUAUAUCACUUGGUUAGAGAUUCAUUUCAAAUUUCAAAUAUUGGCGGUUGUCCUUUCAAUUUUGAAAUUUUAUCCCCAUUCGACCAAAACUAUACAAUCAACUUUAUUCCAUCCAAUGGAACUGUACAGAAAGGUGAAUCUUUAACAGUAUUGGUGGAACUAAUGGCAUAUAAUCACAUUGAAAUAGAUAUCUAUACUACACUACACAUUAUUGGCGGAAUGGAGUUUACACUAUACUGCAGAGUUGAAACGGAUCCAUAUCUUCCAUUGUUUUUAAAAUCUUGUUCUGGUUCUUUGUUAUCCGGUGAAAAUAAAAAGAGAAUGGAGUAUUUUAUUAGAAAUCACCCAACCAUGAUAAAAUCAAUCCAAGAAUUGGCACAUACAAUGAUAGCGGAGGGACGUAAUAUCCCACCAAUUCAAAUGGCACCAAACAAUUCAGGUUGGAAUAUACUUUCAAAUAAAAGUCCACAUCACCACAAUUUAAUGCUAAUGAACCAAAUGAACAAUCAUUCACUUUCAUCAUCUACAUCUUCAUCUAGUUCAGCUGCACGUGUUAGACUUUCAAAAUAUGUAUUAAACUAUCAACGUCAUCAAAAGAAAACAUCACGAGAGGGUAAAGGACCAGAAGCAGUUAAGAUCUAUCAAUUACUUACAGAUAAAUUUUUAAUUUCAAACUCUGGCUCUGCCGAUGCACAAUUUCGAUUUAACUUCCCAUCUCGUGGUAAAAAGAAUAAUCAAUAUAAUUUAACCUUAGUUCCCACCAGUGGUUCCAUUGCAAAGGGUGAAUGGUUUUAUAUUAAAUCAACAUUAACUGUAUUUGUAGAAACUGAAAUAUCCGAAGUCAUUCAAUUGGUUAUUAACCAAAAAGAAAUCCACUACAUAUUGGUCACUGUUAAAUGUGAAAAUCUCCAUCCAGGUAAUAAAGAAAUUGAUGUCGAGAACGAAAUUAUUUUACAAGAUCGUUUAGGCACAGGUGCAACCGGUGAUAUCUACAAAGGUUUGAUAACACAAGAGAAUUUAAAUCGUCAUGUAAAUAUUGAUUUAUCAGAACUACUAUCUGGUCAGAAUCAUAAUAAUACCGGUCAAAAUUGGUUAAUAGCACGUAAUCCAUCAAACGAUUCAAUAAAGAAUCGUAAUAGCAGUAAUGGUAGUAACAACAGCUCAAAUAACAAUGCUAGUAAUACUCAAAUUAUUGUUGCUGUAAAGAAAUUACAUCCACUUACCGAGCCAUCGCCAGAGAUGAUCCAAGAUUUUUAUAAUGAAGUACGUUUACUUUCAAUGUUUAAUCAUCCCAACAUUGUUAAAUAUGUUGGUGGUUGUACUAAAAUUGGCAAUUGGUCAAUCGUCAUGGAGUAUGUACCAGGUGGUAAUCUCAUGGAUGUGUUGUCCAAUCCCGUGUUACUCAUUCCUUACAAACUAAUUCUUCGUAUGGCUUUAGAUGUAGCAAAGGGAUUGCAUUAUCUUCAUUCAUUAGGUAUAUUACAUUUGGAUUUAAAAUCACCAAAUCUACUUGUAUCAUCAUUAUCAACAAACUCUAAAGUUAAUAUUAAAGUAGCGGAUUUCAAUACAUGUAUCAAUAGAAAUCGUAUUACAGGCUUUUUUAAACCCAGUGUUCUUUUAAGCAAGGACAGUGAGAGUGACUUAAAGAAAGACUCAAAGAAAGGUACAACCCUAUGGAUGGCUCCAGAGGUAAUCAGAGGUGCCCUAUACAGCGAGAAAUGUGAUGUCUAUUCAUUUGGCAUUAUUAUGUGGGAAAUGGUAACUAGAAAACUACCAUAUUCACAUAUAUCUUUUAACUGCGAAGUUGAAGAUCAAGUUAUCAAAGGCCUUCGUCCACCAAUUCCAAUGAAUUGCAAUAAAACAUAUACAGAUUUAAUGGAAGAGUGUUGGGAUGAUGACCCCGAGAAAAGACCUCAGUUCGAUACAAUCAUCCAUCGUUUAAAUAAAAUGGUUGAAAAUAAUAAUAUUCAAGAACAAAAAGCUAAAGCAUCAGUUAAAGGUCUUAGACGAACUCAAAGUAAUAGUGCUCUUAAUGUAUUUGGUAAUAAUAGCGAUCCAAAUACUAUAGUUAAUAAGUUUGAUUCACCCCCAUUAAUUUUAACUCAAGAUCCAAAUCUAUUAAUAAAUUUAAAUAAUAACAAUAACAAUAACAAUAGCAAUAACAACUCAACAACAACUACCACUACCACAACAACCACUACCACUACCACAGCCUAUAAUAAUAUUAAAAAUAAUAAUAAUAAUAAUAACAAUAACAAAAAUAGUACCAUUUCAGUUUCUCAAUUUGAUGGCGAGUUUGUUCACUCUAAACACAAAUCUAAAAGAUUCAGUUUUGAUGGAAGCAGUGUUCACUCAUCAAUUUUAACGAUUAACAAUGAUAGUAAUUUACCAUUUAAAUUUUCACCCCCAUCAACACCCCAAGGCUCAUUUUUACAACUAAAGAAACUAGAUAAGGAAUUAAAACAAAAUUUAGAAAAUCAAAAAAGCAUUCAUUUAUAA